AUGCCUGGCUAUGAACCAUGGAGGGUUACAUUUUUCUAUGGCUACGAUGAGAGGAAUCGUCGUCUCCAAUCUUGGGAUUUACUCAGGUCUUUGUAUUCUAAGUCCGACUUGCCCUGGUUAGUUGUCGGUGAUUUUAAUGACAUCGCUACCCCUUCUGAGAAGAGAGGAUUACACCCGCACCCAACUAACCUCAUUGAUGGAUUUAAUCUUAUGUUGGACGAUUGUGGUCUUUUUGACCUGGGUAUGAGGGGAAGACGAUUUACCUGGGAACGUGGUCGAGGUUCUGAAAACUGGGUUGAAGAGAGGCUUGACAGGGCUGUGGCUGGAGCUGAUUGGUGUACUUUAUUCCCUCAAGCUACAGUUUUCAAUCACGACGUUAUUACUUCCGACCGUACUGCUUUGUUUGUUGAAAUAGAGGGACCUCGUGUAGUUCGCCAACGCCGCAAGUUCAUGUUUGAAAAUGCAUGGUUGAAGGAUGCUGGGUGUAAGGAAGUUGUAAUGGGAACUUGGAAUAAUUCUGCUGGUGAUAUCCUUCCCAACCGAUUAUUACAGUGUGGUGUGUCUUUGAAGAGAUGGGGAGGAAGCUUUGUAAAGCAAACUGAGAAGGAAAUAUUAUCGCUGCAAGGACGCCUUAAUAAUUUGCGAGACCGUAGAGAUGUUAGUGCUCUUGAUUUGUUUAGAGAGCUUGAUGGCAAGAUGUGA